UUAGGUUUUCUUAACUUUGCUAGCAUCUUAUAUUCUCGCCAUGUCCGAAACUGCUCCCGCCGAGACGGCUGCACCAGCGCCUGUGGAGAAGUCUCCCGCCAAGAAGAAGACGACAAAAAAGGCUGGCGCUGCUAAGCGCAAGGCCACCGGCCCGCCGGUGUCCGAGCUCAUAACUAAGGCUGUGUCUGCUUCCAAGGAGCGCAGCGGCGUGUCCCUGGCCGCGCUCAAGAAGGCUCUGGCUGCCGGUGGCUACGAUGUGGAGAAGAACAACAGCCGCAUCAAGCUGGGGCUCAAGAGCCUGGUGAGCAAGGGCACCCUGGUGCAGACCAAGGGCACCGGCGCCUCCGGCUCCUUCAAGCUCAACAAGAAGGCGGCUGCCGGGGAGGCCAAGCCCAAAGCCAAGAAGGCCGGGGCUGCCAAGGCCAAGAAACCUGCAGGCACCACCCCGAAAAAGCCCAAGAAGGCUGCGGGGGCCAAGAAGACCGUGAAGAAAACUCCAAAGAAAGCAAAGAAGCCUGCGGCGGCUGGAGUAAAGAAAGUGGCCAAGAGCCCUAGGAAGGCCAAGGCUGCAGCUAAGCCUAAAAAGGCAGCUAAGAGCCCGGCGAAGCCCAAGGCUGUGAAGCCAAAAGCAGCUAAGCCUAAAGUUGCCAAGCCAAAGACAGCUAAGCCUAAAGCUGCUAAGGCGAAGAAGGCUGUUUCCAAAAAGAAUUCCCGUUCUUCGCAGUACUUCAGCCCGCGAAGUCCGCGCCCGAUUGGAAGUCAUUCCCUAUGAAGGCGGUGACCAGGUCGCAGGACUUUAGAAGCCAGCCCCAAGGAGAGUUACUCAUUGCAGGUUUACACGUGCUGAAGGAGCUACACCCAGUACCGGCAUCUCUUCCAACGCCCCAUGCCAAACACGCCGCGUCCGACUGCAGCAAAACUGUCCAAGUCAUUUACACUUUUUUUUUUCUUUUUCUUUUUGAGACAAUGUAUGACAGCCUUGACUGUCCCGACCUAGUUCCGUAGAGGAGACUGACCUCGAACUCAGAUCAGUCCGCUUCUGCCCCGGAGUGAUGGGAUUAAAGGCGGAGUGACGGGAUUAAAGGCGUGCACCACCACCACCACCCGGUCCUCAUUUACACAUUUUAUGCAAUGGUACUGGGCUCUGCCAUUGGUGGUACACAGACAUUGAAGUUCCUUGAGAACAGUCCUUUUGUUGUUUUAAAAGUUUAAUAAUGUGGCUGGUGUGA